AUGUUGCUCAUCAAUGAGGCCAGCGUAAUUGCCCUCACGUCCAUCCUCACCGUCCUCGCCACCCUCGCUGUAGCUCUCCGUCUGUUGAAAGCCGACCGAGGAGAUACACUCUUGCAUCGAUGGAAGAUCGAUGACUAUUUUUGCGUGGCCGCUUUGGUCCUGGCGUAUCCAAUCGCCGGCAUCAUUAUUUGGGGUGCCGCGAUGGGGUCAGUGGGCGGCCAUUCUGGUCCAGCGGAAGCAGAGACGUGGUACACGACGGCCGGUCCAGCUUGGGUAGUGAUGGGAAAAGUGUUCUGGGUGACAUUCUUCUUACAACCUCUCGUCCUCGGUUGCGUGCGCCUGGCAAUUCUUUUUCUUUAUCGUCGCUUCUUCGCCUCAUAUCAGUCAUUCAACAUUGUCAGUUGGAUCCUGAUCGGCGUGGUGGCAGGCUGGACGCUGGCCUUCUUCUUCGGCCUGCUGUUCGAUUGUGGACUGCAAUUCGAUGCCAACUGGAAGUCGCUGGGAGAGAUAGCGGAACAGUGUCCAUUCGGAUUCUUGCCGACCAUCAUUUACACAAUCCUCGAUGCUUGCCUAGAUUUGUUUGUCUUGGUCUUGCCGAUUCCAUGGAUCUUCGUUCUUAAACUCUCCACUUCGAAGAAGUUGUCUCUCGCAGGCUGCUUCCUGCUCGGCGGAAUUGCCACAGCAGCUGCCUUCGUGAGAAUGACUAUCUUCAUUCAAACCAGCAUACCUUCCCAAAUGAUGAACCGAACAUCCGUCAUGGGUCUCCCAAUUUACGACAUCCUCGGCAUAGUCGGCAAUGAAGUCUUCUGGACCAUGAUUGAGACUACCAUCGCGCUCAUCGCGGUCUGCCUGCCCGCCAUCCGCCGAAUAGUGCUAAGCAGCCGUUUCCGCAAAUCGCUUGGCCUCGGCGUCCUUUCGCGUAUGACUCGCACCUCCAGAUCCAAGUCCAAUGGCAGCAAGGAUGCUUCGGACGUGGAGCGCAGUGCGGGCGCGAGUUCGGCGGCUAGCUCGAGGACGCUGUUUGGAAUCAAGAGGGAGCCGCACGUCACCAUCGAUAGCUUCAAGAGCUUGCACUGUCAGACUCAGCUUGAUCGCAUUGGAACAGAGGAAGAGAAGGCAUGA